AUGGCACCCACCGUUCUAGUCACCGGCGCUUCAGGCUUUGUUGCCGGCCACGUCCUCGACAAGUUCCUCGCCAAGGGCUACAAUGUCCGCGGAACGGUCCGCUCCGAGAAGACCGCUGCAAACGUUCGCAAAAUGUUCCCCGAGUACCCAGAGCAGCUGAGUUUCGCCAUCGUGCCGGACAUGGCUGCGCCGGGAGCUUUUGACGAGGCUGUCAAGGGUGUAGAUGGAAUCAUCCACACCGCUUCGCCAUUCAUUCUCGACGCCAAGGACGUCCAAAAGGACCUGUACGAUCCGGCAGUUCAAGGGACAACCUCUAUCCUGGAAGCAGCGCAGAAGCAUGCCCCCACCGUGAGCCGCGUGGUCGUCACCUCAUCCUUCGCCUCUGUUCUGGACCCGAACCAGGGCACGCGCCCUGGUUACACAUACACCGAGGCAGACUGGAACCCCGUCAUCGGUGAUGCUGCAGCCAAGGAUCCCGUGCUGGCUUACCUCGCCUCCAAGGCCAUGGCUGAGAAGGCCGCUUUUGAUUAUGUGGAGAAGAACAAGCCGACGUUCACGGUUACCACGCUACUGCCACCCAUGGUAUAUGGUCCCGUCCGACACCACGUCGAUAGCGUCAAGUCUCUCAACACCUCCUCCACCGACAUCCUUCGCCUUUUCAAUGGUUCCGAGACGACAGUCCCCACGACCUCAUUCUGGGGUUUUGUCGAUGUGCGAGAUCUUGCCGACGCCCAUGUUCUGGCCUUUGAAACCCCCGAGGCCGCGGGCCAACGAUACCUGACCACGACUGGCAACUACUCAUACCAGCAGGUCGUCGACAUCAUCCGCCGCGAGUUCCCCGAGCUGCAGGCCACCACACCCGAGGGCGAGGCUGGCGCGCCGCUCCCGCCCGUGUACCGCAUCGAUAACAGCAAGGCAAAGAAGGAGCUUGGCAUCAAGUUCACGCCACUCGAGAAGACCAUCGUGGACACUGUCAAGAGCCUGAGGGCCUUGAAGGAGUAA